AUGUCCUACAGUUAUUCCAGCGACCCGCGGCUGAAGCGGCCUGCGAGUAAGUCGCCAGACGCGCAUCGCGAACCAAAGCGGUCCGCGACGUUGGGAGUCCGAGAUACUUCCCCAGCAGUGGCCAGCAAUAAUACCAUUGCACGCCCAAAUGGCGCCGUAUCGUCACCGGCCCAUGUGGCGACAAUGACCAGCAAAUCGCAAAAUGCAUCCAUCGUUGAUCUCAAGACGCAAAUCAAUUUGCAGACAAUCACAACGAUGAGUUUGCAACUUAAAUUCGAACACGCUGAGACGCAGGUGAAAACCGCCGAGGCAGACUACCAAAGCCAUUCUAAUAAGGGACACUUCACCGCAUUCCCUGCGAUUGAGGAAACCAAGACUGCGGCCGUCGAGAGGGCCAAGCGAGCUUUGAAAGCAGCUCGAGAUCCGCUUGAAUCCGCUCGUGCUGAGCUGCAUCGUUUGACAGAGUCACUCGUGGAUUUGGAGCAGUCCGUCAAAGCCCCAACCCAGGAUGUAGUAUCUCGCGCUGAGUUCGAAGAGCUCAAGGGGUAUCUUAAUGGCAUCAAGGCUGAUAUAGGCAACGUCACCAAAGACCUCAGCAGCGCGAGAGAAUCGAUCAAUGAUUUCAAGGCAAAUCAAGAUGUUACAUCGAGAGCUGUGGAGGAUUUCAGGCGCAAUAUGGACAGCCAUGCGAUGAACAUGAACGCAACUCGUUCCAUCCCAGCACUACCUGCCAAUAUGGACCCGAGCGUAGUUGAGCGACUGGAUGUUGUGGAGUCUGACGUGAAGGAUCUGGAGGCCGACAUCGCGAAUGUGAACCAAGUGGUCGCAUCAUUCGUCAUGGAGGCAUUAAAGGCGCCUAACGAAGCAUUAUCCGAGUUAAAGCAAAGUCUGCAAAGCACUCAGAGUUUGCUUGGAGAACUACAACAGGGCCAGCAACAAACAGAUGAAAACAAGACGCAACUAAGGGACGCUCUCGGGAAGGUCGUGGACGAGCAGCACACAAAUGCAGAGGCGCUGCAGGGUUGUCUUGACCGGCUUGACAAGAUAGAGCCUCAACUUGAUCAGGCUGCUGGAAAGGGCGAGCUUGUCGUGGUGAAACAGUCACUUGAACAGCUCUCCGAAGCCGUGGAGUCUGUCAAAGCGACUCAAGAGAACGCAAUUCUUGCUACCGAGCUUCCAGCAACUAAUGGCGCAACUAAUGGCGCAACCUCCGGACUCUCAUCCUUCCGGCCAGUCCUUGGAGGCAACGACGAAGACGACAUAAGCCCUUUCCAAUCACGGCCAACGAUUCCAGGAUCAAUACGCAAAUUCGACGACAAGGAUCUCAUGCAGAUGAAGCUUGAAAUUGAAAGUCUCAAGUUCAAAGUGCAGGACCAGACAAAUCGUUACAAUAACCUCCUGACGGAUCAGCUCGCGCAGAACAUGCUGGAUAAUAUGGGCGCAGUUUAUCCGAACCUCAAAGAGGCAGAGCGUGUCGCCAAAUCUGUGCAUGAAAUGCACGCUCGACUGGGAAUACUGGAGACGAAUCUUAACGAAAUGAAUGCCCGUACAGGGACUAUUGCGAACCGCGUUGAACUGGUCGAUAAUAAGGCUGUGACUGCUCACCAGGCUGCCGGGAAGGACAUAUCAAAGCUACGAGAAGACCUGACUGUGCUUUCCGGUCGGGUCGAUCAGCAUACGAAGGAUGUUGAGUCCGGGAGAGUAAUGCUUCAGGAACACGCUGCGGCGCUUGAGAAGUCGAAGGAUGAGUUGGAAGGGGUAAAAAAGUGGAUCACCAAUCGUGAGGAAGGUUGA